AUGGCAAAUUUGAGCUUCUUUCUCUUCCCAUGUGCCCUCGGCACCCUUCUUUUCACACUCUUUGCUCGGACCAGCCAAGCAUGUACAUUAACCGCUCCAGAUCCAGCCGUCGGUAUUACGUACGGAGUCCACUUUGAUUUGUUCUGGGAUAACUGUACUACACGCGGUACGAUCCAACUCUGGAGUCAGAACACCGGCGGUGAGGACAAGCAGUUGAACGAAUAUUCCGUCACGCGGAGUCCUAUCCCCUGGGCCAUUAGCAACAUCGGAUUUAUAUAUUUAACCGUGUACUUUGUUCUAGUAGACCAUGACGGGCUGAAGGCGACAAGCCCCACAUAUGUGAUCCAGCCGGGUCCGCAGAUUGGGAGUUUGCUUUCCGCUUCUCCCUCAGCUUUGUCGGGCCGGACUGAUGUGGUGGGCGGUUCGCUAGCGGAUCUCUGUGAUUUCGGAGAGCAUCGCUUCAAUCUCAUCCCAGUCCGGAAAUGGUUCGACAACGUCGUCGGAUACUGUAACCACCAUCACCACAAACCGACUACUUCCAUCUACUUCCCACUUCCCGUCCAACACAGGCUCUUCAUCCGCCAGUAG